CAGAGGAUUCUUGCAACCACGGACUACAAAGGUCAAGCAGGUGGAGAGUUAACACAAUGCAGUAACUAGAUUUCAUUAGCUUUCAAUGCGGCUGUGGAAGUGUACCAUCUUGGGUCAUGUCACUGGCAGAGAUAAGUGUUUAAGCUCCAAACCACCUCAAAUUAAAAGAUUCACUCGUGACACUCCUUGUAGUGAAAACAGAAUAUCAGCCACAGAAAUCUCUUAUAGUAUGUUCAUGGAGGCCCUACGUGAUGAAACACGACGCAUUCAUUCGAAGUUUUGUAGCUUACUCACUAACACGAUUACGAAUCUGGAAAACCGUUGUGACAUUUCCAAAGUAUUGCAGUACGUCAAGGCGCUUUUAAUACCACGAGAAUCGUAUUACAGCCCAAUUUAUCAUAGAACUUCUGAAGAGAUUCUAUUCCGUGAUGUUACCAGCUUUAGCGAAUUAUCUGACUUCAUACAGAAUAAUUUUUGCUCUUGGUUCAAUUAUUCACUCAUUUCCGCAAUACGAAAAGAAUUUCUUUUUCCAUGUAAGGAUGAUGAUCAAGCAUUACUGAGUUAUGAGCGUUUGUUUCAGCAAUUUGUUAAUCGACGAUGUUUUCUAUUUGUUAAGGACUUUGGCCCUGAACCGUCUCAUAUUGAAUCAAUGGAGAUAACAUGUAAGAUCGAUGUUGACUUUGAUGCAAUCACCUACGAUCAAAUUCAACAAUUGAAGUUAGUUUUCAUGAAAUGCUGGGAACAACUACUACCACACCAAGUUCUGAAUUUGAAGCAUGUUCGAGAAGGCUGUACAGAGCUGGUGUUUCGAGUUCCAGCAUAUUUAAGUAAUGUCUACAGCCAAUUGAGUCCUGAACAGAUGCAGUACCUGAAAGAAAAGGCAUUCAUUGAGGUCAAAAUUGGUCAACAAGUAUUACUUAAGGCAGAAGGUAAUUCAACAAAGAAGCUGCUCAAAGCGUUUGGCCAAGAUGGUGGUGACCCAACUUCUGCCUCAGCCUUACUGGGGGCUUGAUCCGACAGUUGAUGUGAGUUCAAUCGAGGAUAGUGAUGGAAUGAACCUUGACAAUGCUUGUCGCUGGGAUAGACUCGGCGAGACGACAGAGGAGAUUCUGUAUCCAAGAGUUAGAGCUGUGCCGGCUCGUGCACACGUUCCCUCUCAACUCCGGGUCACAGACAGCAAGUCAAGCUCUGAGUGAGCCAUAAUUAUACUGGCCAUCAGCAGAUCACUUUAUUAAACACCUAUAGCUAUAGGCUCUAUAUAGUUGACUACAAUUUUCACCUUCAUACAGUGUAUCUUGUCGCCAUAUAUACAUGUAUCAAUCUUGUACUGCAUGCAUGGUAUUGAUAAUAUAUGCCCAUGCAAUACUCUCCCUCAGGCUCUGCAGGCUCAGUGACUCUUGGUCUCCAGUGUUGGGGGGCACAGAGGAAUUAUCAGAACUGCUCAAAUCCAGCCCAGGAAUUGAUUCCAGAUCAAGGAA